AAGUAUAGUGUAUCAUUCUCGGAGUACACAUAACUCUUGGAAAAAGAAGCGAGAUGUAUCUCAUGUAAAAAGAAGUGAGAUGUAUGCUCAUUUCGCAUAAGGAAUUCGAACCGUGGAAUACAGAAAUCACGUCUGCAAUUCCUUGUUUUCACAUCAGAAGCAGAAAUUGCAAGUGAUUGAAGGAUGGAUGUGAAAGCCGCAGCUCGUUCGAAACGAGCUCAAACACAGAAAGCCAAAUCCAAGCAUAGCACCAAACAUACCCAUCAUUCUAAAGAGCAGAAGAAAAAUGAGGCUCAGCUUACUCAAGACCACAGGAAAAAUGAGGCUCAGCAUUCCCAAGAGCACAAGAAAAAAGAAACACAACAGGGCCAAUCCUCACAUCUUCAAAAAGUUUCCCAACCGAAAAUUGCAAAACCCUCUCCAAAGGAGGCCCAACAGGGCCAAUCCUCGCAUUUUCAAGAAGACCCUCAACUCCAAAAUGCAAAACCCUCGCAAGACCUCCCUACAAAUUGGGACCGCUAUGAAGGACCCGAUCAAGGCGGAGAUGUUCCACCGCAACAAGAGAGCGUACCCAUCAAAAGCAAGGGUGCAGAUUAUGCCUACCUGAUUUCUCAGGCUCAGGAGCAAAGCGGAUUUGAUGCCGUCAUGCCAGCAUAUGCAGAAGGUAUAACUUCAAUGCUAUAUGUUAGAGGACAAAAUCUCCUAUCAUGGGGCAAAGAUGACAAUUUUAUUGUCAAGGAUGACAACGCAUCUACAGAAUAUGAGGCAUCAUUUCUCUCACUGGAUUUACAUUGGCUAGCUUCACAACUUGCACAAUUGGAGUGUUCUAAAAGGCUUUUUAUUGAAGAAGACAAGCUUCCUGCAGAAAUGUGCUCAAGUGAUUCUCGGGCUGAAAGUCACCAACUCAGGGAGCAACAGCAAGUACAUACUCUUCAAAAUGAGUCAAGAGCAUCUGCUCAGUCUGGAAAACAUGAACUUGGUGAGGUAGAAGAUGAGGUUUUUUCAAAUGAAAAUAAAUCAGCAGUAUGUAAUGUACAAUCUAUGGAGGAAUAUGAGAGAAAAGAUCUCAAAGAUACUACUGGCAAAAGCAUUUUAAGCUUGGAACAAGUGUCUUUGCCAAAAGUACUUGGUCAAGGCACAGUUCAUAGUAAUAAAGAAGCAGAAAACCUUUAUUUAUCAUCUUUGGACAGUCCAAUCAAGGGUGGUUCAUCUCUUUACAAGGCGGAUUUACAAAAGAACGUGGAAAAGUCAAAUGGUAUUGAAGAUAGGAAAUUCCAUACGAGUGAUGUGAAAAAUAGUAAGGAAACAAAUUUAGUGGUAGGAAAUGAUAUUAGAGCAGGGCCUGUUAGAUUUGAAGCUGCAGCAGCUGAGGCUGAGCUAGAUGCUCUUCUUGAUGCUCUGGACAAACCCUCUAAUGUUGGUAUGUUGGAAGUGCGUGGAACAAUAUCAGAUCGAAUAUUUACAGAAAAGUCAUUAUAUAAGGAUAAGCAGCCUUUUCAGGAUCAAUUACAAGGUCCUACUAAUAUUAUAUCCAGGAAUAGCCAUAGUUUGACUUUGGAUAACACACACUCUAAAAAUGUAAAUAGAGGGCAUCAAGUGGACACGGCAAAAAAUACAUCAGGAUCAAAGUCCAGAGUUGCAACUCUUCUGACUCCCAAGUUGAGCACAUUUAAGGAUGCUCCAAAGGUUGUAGAGGAUGACUUUGAUGCAUGGCUGGAUACAAUUUGAACUUCCAGCAAGUAACCUUAUUAUUGCCUGUAAAAUAUUUAACAUGUUUUUAUUCUCUUAAUUAGCAAAAAAGUUGAAUUUA